CUUCCUUCCGUGUGUGUUUAGGUUAGGCUAGGCGGCACUCUCUUUUGUGUGAUGAAAUGUGAAAAAAUGUCUCCAGAGACCGUUACGACGAACAAGGGUUGAGGUGAAUUUGUGUCUCUAUUGUCGACAUACUGCCAGAGGCAGAUACACUCAGUUCUAGUACGACAAUUGGACAAUAGAGUUUCGAGAGGCAAAGCCAGCCAGCGUUGCCGAAGGAAGAAAUCAAUAAAAAAUGUUGUUUUUCAUAAAAAUUACUUUACAUCAGUUGUGAGAAGAGCAGCAGUUGAGGAGCCGAAAUUGUGGAAAAGAAAAAAACGCCAGCAAACCUUUGCUUCGCAAUAAAAGUUUUAACCUUUUUCUUCGUGUCGUGUCGUGUCGUUUGCGUGCGUGCGUGUGUGCGUCGUUUUUACAAAAAUUUAGAAUGGAUUCUAGUCAUCAUGUGACGGUACCAUUACGUUAUGGUAUCAAGAAAAUGCGUAAACGUCGAGACUUGGAUGCUUUGCUGUCACAGGCCAAGGGUGGUGGAGGAGGAGGCAGUGGUGGUGGCAGUGCCAGUUGUGGCGGAGGACCACUGAGACGCGGUAACAACAAUAGAGGAGCCCUGUAUUCGCAGGAUAAGCUCUUGAAUAAUGUUUCCACCGAUGACCAGGAGGAUUACAAUUGGCAGCCCAAAGUCAAACAGCCCACACAUCACUGCGGCCACAACAAACAAUUGAUAUUCCGUUUAUACGGCAUUCUACUGUUCGUGAUUACCCUAUCAAUAUUCGUUGGCUUUACCUACUGGUUAAAUUUCAAUUUACAACAACAGAUCUAUGAAUAUAAACAAAAAGUUGAACAAGUUUCCGCAGCCAGUCAAAUCCUGCCCGACACCCUACAGGCCUGGCAUGAAACCUCGAAAAAUUUAAUAAAAAAUCAAACCUCGAUCUCGGCGAAACUGUCGGAGCUGCAGCAAUCGCUGCAGGUGUUGUGGAAGAAUUUCAGUGAAUAUCGUACCUCCCAGGAAGCACAAAAGACCUACAAGGAAGAGAAAAUUGUGGCCGAUUUUGGGGCCAAAAUCGAGGCCAUCGCCACGGAUGUGGAGAGCAUGAAGGACCAUUAUAACAAUGUGAAACAGCAGCAAACGAACCUGCAAAAUGUCUUUGAGAAGUUGAAGUCCAACUUCAGCGAUGGCCUAAAGAACAUGGCUUUGCCGGUUAAUUACACGGAAGAAUUGAAAUCGCUGAGAACGGAUUUACAGGGGAAAAUCGACAAAUUGGAAGCCAAUGCCAGUUUCAUCAAUGAUACCCUAACACAAAAGUCAAUUAUAAUGCACGAGGAGUUGGUGAAACACAAGAACAAAUUGGAUGAACUAUUUGAUCGCAGUGCCAAUAUAACGUCCCACGUAACAUCACUGGAAAAUACAUGGCCGGAUUACAAACAAAAGAUAAUUAAUUUGGGUCAGGAUGUACCGCGUCUGGAGAAGGAUAUCUCCCUCUUAUCGCUGGCCAGUCAAAAAAUGGAAAUGUCCUUUAAAAACAUCUGCAAAGAAUGCCAGAAUUCAUAUAUUGAAGCCUUACAACAGCACAAUAUUGUUGAAGAGAAGAAAGCUGUAGAAAAUAUCAAACCGUCUGAAACGAAAACGACAACGACCACUUUACGCCCCUCUAAUGUGUAGUGUGUUUAUUAUCAUAACAAAAACCAAAAAAACAAACAAACAACAAAUUUAAUUAAUUUUUAAAUUAAUAUUAGAUUAACAAAACAAA